AUGCCUCCUAUGCCACCAGCUACCCGUCAGCCCAAGACUGGAAAUUCCGUCCCUCAAAUUAGGCAGCUUCUUUCAAAUCUCAAUUAUGACCCGCAGGUACCAGAACGGGAGCUUCUCAAAGACAGUGUCCGGAGAUUUAGUCGAGACUUCGUCACCAAGGAUGGGACCCGCUGUCAAGCUCUGAACCAAUGGUCCUCUUCUGUUCAUCAGUCUGGUCUCGAAGAAAUGGCCGCCUCUUUCCUGUCGGAAUUUGGCUCAAGGUUUUGGCCUUGUGAUCCGACGAUGUCUAAUCACAAUCCAGCCUUGGUCUGGCCGCUACAUGAACAAAAGCUCACGGAAAUUCUGAAGCAACUGUUUUACCGGAAAAAUGCGCAUCUGAUAAAGAACACGAAAAGAAAGACUAGGUUGAUGGGAGUAUCGGGACUAUGGAACGCAUCAACAGGUGAAGAGUCAAGCCCACACGUGAUUGAGGAAUCUGUAUGUAUUGGCCGACAGCGACGAAACAUCCUAGGAGGCAAUGUUUCCAUCAAAGCUGAAAUGGGCAAUUAUGACCCAGAGGAACAUUCGGAGGAACAUUCGGAGGCGGACCUUAUCACAGAACGGGUUUCCCAUCCCCCAAUCUUGGGGACGGAAGACGCGCAGACAGGACCCAACCAUUUCUCUUCACUCCAGCAUCCGGAGGAGAUGGAAACACAUAACGAAGAACGCGAAACCUACUGUUCCAGUUCCGAAAGUAUAAUCAGCGCAGAUUUAGUCGGUAACGACUACUACCAAGCCCCUUCAGCGUCCUUAAUGAGCGAGCCGGAGCCUUCUCGGCAUUCACCGACACCCGAGCAGCCUCCGUCCAGACCUGAUGUAAUUUUUCGGCUCAUCGAGUCACGAGCUCCAUUUUACGAAGGAUCGCAAUGGUACCCCAAAGGCAACUUUAGUGACAAGACUUUGUCUCAGCUCAAGGAAGAGCUGCCUCUGCCCUUCGUGAGUGAGGCGAAAUACUUCGGGUUCACCUUGACUGGUCCUCAGUUUCUGAUGAGCACCCCCAAAGGUGGAUUGAUUAUUCAAAAGGACGUGUUUUAG